ACAAACAACAACCAAGAAAACAUGCGUGCAAACAGAGCAUCUCCACCAUGACAACGAUUCAAGAGACUAACAUAAAGUCCGUUGCGACUCCAGUUGAAAUAGGCGAUCGUCUCAGUCCAGCGCCAGCAUCACGUCCAAGUUCAAACAAGGCGGGCAUCUCAAUCAUCCAGUACGACCCCGCUCUCGCCUCCAUCAUCGGCCCAAACCCAACUCACGCCCUCCUCCUCUCCUCGAUAGAAACCUCCGCGAACGCCUUCUUCCACCGCGGAUGCGUCUACGUUCCCUCCCGAAAAGAGCUAUGGACGACAUCCGCCCCCCUCGCAGCAACUGACCCCACGCGGCCCCCAACGAUCCUCAUGUCAAAGGUCAAAGUGAAACCCAACCGAUCAAACGGCACCCUCGCCGUUGAAUGGGCCAAGAUGCGUCCGCCCCAAGCCAUGCCCAUGCCCUCAGGCGGCUGCGUAGUCGGAGAUGACGUCGCAGUAUGGUGUUCCCAGGGGACAAUGGCCUCGCAGACAGGCGGUGUGCUCCUCAUGCCGGCGGGCAAGCCCCCGCAGCGGGUGGUGUCCGGCUACUACGGCCACGACUUCAACUCCCCGCACAGCGCCGCCGUCUCGCCCCGGGACAACGGGAUCUGGUUCACGGACCCGUGCUGCGGGCACGAGCAGGACUUUAGGGCUCGUCCUCAAUUGCCGCCGCAGGUGUAUCGUUGCGAUCCGAAGAGCGGGGAGGUCAGGGCCAUGGCGGAUGGCUUUAAGCGGCCGACUGGGAUCGCGAUUGAUGAGGCGUUUUCGACGGUGUAUGUUGCGGAUGCUGGUGGGGUGCGCGUUGACGGAAGUCUUGAUUUGACCGAACCGCGGAGUAUCUACGCUUUUGAUAUCGUGGAGCGAAAUGGUUCCGUGUUCCUGGCGAAUAGGCGGCUUUUUGCCCUGGCCAAGAGGGGUGCUCCCAUGCACCUCAUGUGCGAGAACGGCAACGUGUGGGCAGCCUGCAGCGACGGCAUUGAGAUUUGGAGCGAUGACGGUUCAUUGAUCGGUGUGAUUUCGGUUCCAGGUGGUGUCAUGAGCUUCUGUCGCGGGCCAGAUGACACGGUCUUUAUUUGCGCCGAGCAGAGGUUGUGGAGGCUCCAGCUUUUGGGUGAUUGCAGUGACCAUUCAGUUGCUAGUCCGGAGUUGAUUUAAGAUACAGUCAAGCGACUGUGACACCCGAGAUAAGUUUUGACUCUUCGAAAGUCCUCAUGAUUUCUAUGCUUGCUUUCAAGGUGGCGAGGGAGUUGUCGGGAACAUGGGUGUAUAGUAGGCUCAAGAACUAGCGUGGAAUGCAUGUAGCGUCGUGAGACGACCUUGAAUUCAGCCAGUAGUGUAUUCGAAUUAAGAAAUGAAACUACC